UCUUCACAGGGUGCCUAUCUCUGAGAGACACACCUGUCCCAUGCAACGCAAGCAGUCCGGAGAGACAGAGGGCCCGGCCAAGGGCAAAGCACAGGAAGGCGAGCAGCCCCCCAAGGAAGAAAGCGAGCCCAAGGGCAGCAGAAGCCCUGGCUCUGAAUCAAGGCAAAGAUCCCACUCCAGCCACGGGCGCAAACACAGCAAAAAGCAUCAGGCCGACCCCCAUGCAGCUGCCAUUAAGACCUACUCCCCUUUCCUCAACACUGUCUUUGGCAAGGAGAGGGAGCUUUCACCAGUGGAGCUGGAUGAACUGCUAGAUGCCUUCAAGGAGUUUGACACUGACCAGGACGGCUACAUCAGUUACAAGGACCUGGGAGAGUGCAUGCGAACUAUGGGCUACAUGCCCACCGAGAUGGAGCUGAUUGAGAUCUCCCAGCACAUCAAAAUGCGCAUGGGAGGUCGUGUAGACUUUGAGGACUUUGUAGAGAUGAUGGGCCCAAAGUUGCGUGAGGAGACUGCUCACAUGGUGGGCGUGAGGGAGCUGAAAAUUGCCUUCCGUGAGUUUGACACAGAUGGGGAUGGAGCGAUCAGUGGGGCAGAGCUGCGCCAGGCCGUGACUGUACUCCUGGGGGAGCAACUCAAUGGCCAGGAAGUGGAUGAGAUCCUGCAGGACAUGGACCUCAAUGGGGAUGGAAGAGUGGACUUUGAUGAGUUUGUGAUGAUGCUGUCAAGCAGGUAACAAGAUCCAAAGGGGAAGUGAGUGUUUUCUUACUUCCAGAAUUACUGCCCUUUCCCCUGAUAGCCAGAGGGAGCUGACUGCCCUUUGAUGUCUCUUCACCUCCUGGAGAUAGUGGAGCAACACCCACAGAAGGCUACAGUAUCUCCUCCAAUUCUGGGUCCUUCAGUGAAAACCCAUGCACACCCAACUACCAGCUAACUCCACCUUCACAUGGUGCAAGAUAUCUCAGGGGGGAAACUCUGACCCAGGGGAGCUAUCCUGCAGCUGGGCUUCUGAAGAGGCCUCCUCUCUCCUCUGGAUAUGGAAGAUCGUUCCUAACUAUGGAUCAUAUCUGAAGCUUUGGGUGAUUUUCCUGUAUUCAAGCUUUCUGCAUGGUAUUUUUCUAUUUUAUUCUUUCAUUUCUAUAUCGCAAACCAAUCUAAUAUCUGUCGGUCUGUCUGGUAUACAAAAUCUCAGUUAAAAGCAAAACACUGUAACAGAUAAUAUCAAAGCAAAAUACAUUCAGUUUUGGGCUUCAUCCAUGAGCCCGGAAUUCCUGGAGGAUCCUACUAAAAUCAGGGAGUCGUUCAGAGCAAAAUUUCAUAUUUCACUCCCCCUUGGGAUGCCAGUAUUCUACUGAACUUGAAUGGUGGUAUCCAUAUUUAUCCGGGGCAAAACAAAUACAUGAAUGAAAGGCCUGUUUGCAGAGGCCUUAAGAUGGAACGGGAGGAAAUGAACCUUAGUAUGCUUCUGUCCGUCCCCACUAGGCUACGUUACUGUGGGUGUGCACUAUCUGGUUAAAUCAAUAAAACAAAACUCAGGCUAGCCAGUAGCGAACUGGAAGAACCAGCCCAUUGCUAUGUAUUUCCACAAGACGUGAAGUGCUCCCCAAGGACUACCUUGUUGGAGCCUCAGCUUUGUAUUUUUU